CCGGGUGGAGCAGAAAUGACAAACAGAAGAUAGCCUCAGCUCAGUUCAGUUCAGCAUGCGGAAUGCACCGCAGCGGAAGCGACGCGAUCAACUGAACACAAACAUGCCAUCAGCAUAGCCUUUUUAUUUAUUUAUGAUUUUAAGAAGAAGCAUUUGGGAUUGGACGGCGCUUUGAGAUUGUGGUGUCCAUCUGGUGUUCCAGCACUGUACACUAUACGAUUCCGGCGCACUGAAUGAACUAUUAAAUGAUCACAUAACUUAGGUGCCUGGAAUCAUAUGGCACAUUUGUUUUUUAAAACAUGCGUGAAGCUGCACUGAUUUUUGUAUACCCGAGGGAAAUCACUGAGGCACCGUAACCACGGAUACCUUCCCACCAGAAGAGGGCAUUCGGAUUCUGUCUUACAAAGUUACCGCACGACAAGCAGACGAGAUGUUAACCAGUGAAAAGCCUCCUGCUCCGUUUCUGUCCGGUUCGGGGCUGAUCGUCGAAGACAAAAAUAUUUUUCAAAGAGAAGUACGUUUGCCUGUACAGUUCCAUUAUUUUGUUCUGCCCAGCGACUGAACCUUUCCGCGGAAUUCAGUUCUUUAUUUUGUGUGUGUGUGUGCGAUGCGAACUCCUUGUCAGCCUGCCGGGCUCCAAUCAAACGCACUCAGACGCAUUUUCACAAAGGGAAGCUGGAGCCUUCUCCGGUCCCAGUCUCUCGGGAGAGACCCAGCUUGCGCAGUAUGCCAGAAUGGAUAGACAUGAGGUGGCGAGAAUGUCUUGUCUGGGAAUUCUCAACUUAAUAUGGUGGUGUAUGGCUUUAUGUAACUUGGAUGUGGAAUAGUCUGGAUUCUUUUGCAUCCAUUGUUGACAUCGUCAAAUCGUGAAAACCCGUAUUGUUUUGAUGCUCUGACUGUAUGUAUAGUUGCAUAUACUUUUUAAGGUCUACUGAGCGACAGAGAGAUCUGUUCCAUGGUCUUGCAGCGUGCCUGACAUUCGGAUAUCACAAACCUUUCCCACGCCGGUGUUCUGGCGGCAGCCGUUAGCAGGUGCGCGUCAAGAUCAGCGGCUGCGCGAGCUACUGAGGUCCUGCAUCAGAACCGAGCCGAACUGAACUGAGCAGCGUGUGUGUCAUGCGGACUCGUGUGUCGGCCACGAGAAGCCUCUAAACCCGUGGACAGGAGCUGACAUAUCAGCGGACAUGGGCUCUGCCAUGCGGCGCCGGUGGUUCAUGGUGCCUCUGCUGGUGCAGGCGUGGCUUUCGGCGCUGCCAUGCCUCGCCGAGCGCCCGUGUCCCAAGAGCUGCCGCUGCGACGGCAAGAUCGUCUACUGCGAGUCCAGCGCUUUCCGCGAUGUCCCCAAGAACCUGUCGGGCGGCUGCCAAGGCCUGUCCCUGCGCUACAACAGCCUGGCCAGCCUGAGAGCAGGCCAGUUUGUGGGCCUGAACCAGCUAAUCUGGCUCUACCUGGAUCACAACUACAUCUCCAGUGUGGAUGCCCGCGCCUUUCAAGGUAUCCGCCGGCUCAAGGAGCUCAUCCUCAGCUCCAACAAGAUCACCAUGCUGCACAACACCACUUUCCAUCUGGUGCCGAACCUGCGCAAUCUGGACCUGUCUUACAACAAGCUGCAGGCUCUGCAGCCAGGCCAGUUUCAGGGCCUGCGCAAGCUGCUUAGCCUCCACAUGCGCUCCAACUCCCUGAAGAACAUCCCUGUGCGCCUCUUCCAGGACUGCCGCAACCUGGAGUUCCUGGACCUGGGCUACAACCGCCUCCGCAGCAUCACCCGCAACGCCUUCUCGGGCCUGGUGAAACUCACCGAGCUGCACUUGGAACACAACCAAUUCUCCAAGAUCAACUUCUCGCUGUUCCCACGCCUGUAUAACCUGCGUGCGCUCUACCUGCAGUGGAACCGGAUACGCUCCAUGAACCAGGGGCUGACGUGGACCUGGACCUCCCUGCAGAAGAUGGAUCUUUCCGGCAACGAGCUGCUGGAGAUUGACCCCGAGGUGUACCAGUGGAUGCCUAACUUGCACACGCUCAACCUGGACUCCAACAAGCUGGUGAACAUCUCCCAGGAGGCGGUGUCCAACUGGGUGUCUGUCACCACUAUCGGCCUGGCCGGCAACAUGUGGGACUGCGGCCCCGUGGUCUGCCCCCUGAUGGCUUGGCUGAGGAACCUCAAGGGCAACAAGGAGAUCACCAUGAUCUGCGCCUCCCCGAAGGAACAGCAGGGUGAGAAGGUCAUGGAGGCCGUGGAGUCCAAAGGUGUCUGCAAGCUCGCCCCGACCACCCCCACCAGCACCCCGGCCACCGCCUUCAGGACCCCUGCUGAGACUGAGCCUCGCCCUUACACCCCCUCCCUCACUUCUGGCCAUGGGAAGAAGGUAGAGGGGACCCCCUGGGGGAUGGCCACUCCGUUCCCCCCCACCCAGGUGUCUCCCCCCCAUCCCGAGCAGGACCUGGAGCCGGUGUCCUUCCACAAGAUCGUGGCGGGCAGCGUGGCGCUCUUCCUGUCUGUGGCCAUGAUCCUGCUGGUGAUCUACGUGUCAUGGAAGCGCUACCCCAGCAGCGUAAAGCAGCUGCAGGAGAACUCUGCGUCUGCGCGCAAGCGGCGGAAAAAGGCCCGCGAGACGGAGAGCACGCUCAGCUCGCCGCUGCAGGAGUACUAUGUGGACUACAAGCCCACGGGCGCCGAGGCCACCGACGUGCUGGUCAACGGCACUGGCCCUUGUGCCUACUCUGUCUCCGGCUCGCGCGAGUGCGAGGUCCCUCAUCAGAUGAGUACUCUGGCGUUCUACCGGUACGAGCAGCCCAUAGUGGACUACUGUCAGGCCCACCAGCCACUGCGGCUUCACGUGGGUUAUGAGGGCCCCUCUCAGUGUCCCCCGCAGGGCCUGGAGGCCAUGGAGCAGCUGGGGGUCCCCCCCAUACGUGAGCGCAGCGCCAUCCAGACCGUAGCACUGCCCGCUAUCCCCCCGGUGGGCUCCCGCUCGCCCCCGCCAGUCCUCAGACCUGCCCCAGGAGAGACCCCCAGCAUCCGUUACCCUACCACUGAGCGCACCCCCUCCACCCUCACCUUCGGACGCUAG